CUUUUGUGAAUGCUGUAUUUAUAAUUAAGUUUUAUAAUUAUUUUAAGUAUGUCUCUUGAAGUUUUUAACGAAUUCCGUAAAUAAUGAAUUUAAUSAUAAUAAAAAAUGUAUUAAAAGUAGUGUUCAUAGUUUUUGUAGUUCAAACUGUAUUUGUCCACUGUGACAAAUCAGUUUGCCAAGGAAAUCAUGAAGUCAAUAAACAAUUUAUAUUCAUAAGUACAUUAGAUGGAAAACUUAAAGCAAUAAAUACUGCUGACGGAGGAACUGAAGCUUGGGAAUUGUCAACUGAGCCAGGAGCAUUGUUAUCUUCUAAUAUUGGCCAACCAGAGUUAUCAAAUAAUGGCCAUUGGGUUCGGAUGAUUCCAUCGWUGAGUGGUGGUUUGUAUAUAUUUGAUGGUGAAAAUCUUGAUCGUCUACCAUUUACAGUUGAUUCUUUAUUAAAGUCAUAUUUUCCAUACUAUGAUGGUUUAUCAAUGUCUGGUGGGAAGAUAAGUCGAACAUAUGGUGUUGAUAUGAGUACUGGUCAAUUAUUAUAUAAAUGUGAUAUGGAUCAGUGUAUUAAUAUUCCAAGUAAUAGUUUUACGAACAUAAGAGGAAAUAUUUUGAUUUUACAGAGACAAACACAAACUAUCCGAGCAUCAGACAUUCUUACUGGAAUAGAAAGGUGGAAUUUUAGUGUUGGGUUACAUGACAUAAAAGUAAUUAUGGAUUUAAAUAAUAAUAAUUGUCAUACCACAAAUCCUAGUAUCAAACUUGAUUUCAAAAUAAAUAUUCCUAAAGGAGUUGUAACAGCAGUAGCGUUUGACCAGCCUCAAGAAAUUGUUUGGACUCAYAAAUCAAAGUCCCCCAUUGUAAAUGUUUGGAAAUUUGAACAUGGAAAAAUCGAAUCAAUUGAUUUAUUUAAACAAGAUCACAAUGUAAAUUCUAUAGAUCCUUUAAUUUAUCUUGGGAUGCAUAAAAAACAACUGUAUAUUCAAGAAAAUGAUAAAAUUUUUACAAUUAACCCAACUUCAUAUCAACAAUCAUUAAUUGGAGAGGAUGAAAUGAAUAAAUCUAGGAUUCCUUGGAAACCAAUUUCUAGUAAUGAAAUGGACAUGAGUAGCAAAAUAACAACUAGUGAAAAACAAGUUACUAAUCUUUGUCAAAACAAACAUCAUGUUCGAGCAAAAAGUUUGUCAACAAUGAUAAUGCUUCCAGAAAGCAGUGAAGAAUUAUCUGACAUUUUAAAUAACCCUCAUGCAUUACGAUCAUAUAAUGAUAAAAGUGAUUCAUCUUUUAUUGUUUUUGACAAUAAAAUAACAGACACUAAUGAAGAUUGCAUAUUAGACAUGAGUUCAGAUAACUUAACUAAGGGUAGUAAACGGCGGAGGUAUAAAUCAGAGUGUGAUACAACAAGUAAUGCUCACAGUGAUCGAAAGGCAACUAGACAUUACUUAUAUAUACAAAUGCAACUCUGUCAUAAAAAUAGUUUAAGAGAAUGGUUAAAAGAUAAUACUAAAAAUCGAAAUAUGAAGUAUAUUUUAAAUAUUUUUAGCCAAAUUAUACAAGCUGUUGAAUAUGUUCAUUUGCAAGGAUUAAUACAUAGGGAUUUAAAACCUUCAAAUAUAUUCUUUUCAUUAGAUGGCCAAAUCAAAAUAGGUGAUUUCGGUUUAGUUACAGAAAUGAUAGAAUCUGAUGAAGGGAUUACUAUACACAAUAAUAAAMAAAAAUGGUUAAAUGAACAACACACUGAUCGAGUUGGUACCCAAUUGUAUAUGAGUCCAGAACAGAUAUCUGGAAAGCCAUAUAAUUAUAAAGUUGAUAUAUACUCCCUUGGAGUUAUAUUCUUUGAAUUGCUCAAUCCUUUUACUACUGAAAUGGAAAGGUACCAAACAUUAACUCAACUUAGAAAUUAUAUUUUUCCUUCUCAUUUUUUGAAAAAUUUUAAAAAUGAAUAUGAUUUGUUGUGUUUAAUGUUAUCACCAGAUCCAACAUUACGCCCGACUACAUUUGGYAUUAGAUCUAGACUACCAUUGAGUUUCCCUGAUUCAAAUUUAGAUUCUUCAUUAAUUGAUAGCAAUUAUGAGUUUGAAUUACAUAACAGAAAAAGUAGUASUAUAAAAGUGUCAAAAAACUAAUACAAGAUAUGUGUUUUAUAAUUUAUUUUGGUAAAAUAUUUUUUUCAUUUAUUAACUUAAWAAUGAAUMAUAUAUUA